CCCUCUCUUUCUUAUUAAUGAAGAAUCAUUUCAAAUAAAAGGCUCCACAUUCUCUACUUUCCCCUACUCAUCAUUAAUCAUUUCACUUCACUUUUCACAGAAAUAGUGAAGAUGGCUAGGGUUUUAGUUUCAGCUAUGGGGAUUUUGUGGUUAUGGAUGAUUUGGAUAGCCACAGUAGAUGCAGAGUAUGUUAAAUACAGAGACCCUAAACGCCCAGUUGCAGCUCGAGUUAAAGAUUUAAUGAAAAGAAUGACUCUUCAAGAAAAAAUUGCUCAAAUGGUUCAAAUUGAUAGAUUGUCUGCUACCCCUGAUGUUUUGAAGACCUACUCUAUUGGUAGCGUACUUAGCGGCGGAGGGAGUGCACCCCUUCCCGGGGCUAGUGCUGAGGAUUGGGUUAAUAUGAUCAAUGGGUACCAAAAUGGAUCUUUGUCUAGUCGUCUCGGUAUUCCUAUGAUUUAUGGCAUUGAUGCUGUUCAUGGACAUAACAAUGUCUAUAAUGCUACAAUCUUUCCUCAUAAUAUUGGCCUUGGAGCUACCAGAGACCCUGACCUGGUGAAAAGGAUUGGCAGUGCUACUGCUCUUGAAGUUAGAGCUACAGGGAUUCCAUACGUCUUUGCUCCAUGCAUUGCGGUUUGUCGAGAUCCAAGGUGGGGAAGGUGUUAUGAAAGCUACAGUGAGGAUCACAAAGUUGUGGAAGAGAUGACUGAGAUUAUACUUGGUUUACAAGGGGAAAUUCCUGCUAAUUCUCGGAAAGGAGUUCCAUAUGUCGGGGGAAAGCAAAAGGUUGCAGCUUGUGCAAAGCAUUUUGUAGGUGAUGGUGGGACAACCAUGGGUAUCAAUGAAAACAACACACUGGUCGACAAGCAUGGGUUGUUGAGCAUCCACAUGCCUGCCUAUUCUGAUUCAGUUAUCAAGGGUGUUUCAACAAUCAUGGUUUCUUACUCUAGUUGGAAUGGAGAAAAGAUGCACGCAAACCCUGAGCUGAUUACUGGAUUCCUCAAGAAUACCCUCAAGUUUAAGGGCUUUGUUAUCUCAGAUUGGCAGGGCAUUGACAGAAUUACCUCACCCCCGCAUGCAAAUUAUACGUAUUCUGUCCAAGCUGCAAUUCAAGCUGGCAUUGACAUGGUCAUGGUCCCUUUCAAUUAUACUGAGUUCGUAGAUGAUCUUACUUACCUAGUCAAGAACAAAGUAGUCCCUAUGGAUCGCAUUGAUGAUGCCGUAGGAAGGAUUUUGCUAGUUAAGUUCACCAUGGGUCUUUUUGAGAACCCUUUGGCCGACCUCAGCCUUGUCAAUGAACUUGGAAGCCAGGAGCAUAGGGACUUGGCAAGGGAAGCCGUGAGGAAAUCACUUGUGCUUCUAAAGAAUGGGAAAAAUGGAACUGCUCCUUUACUACCCCUUCCCAAGAAAGUAUCAAAGAUUCUAGUUGCUGGUACACAUGCGGAUAAUUUGGGCUAUCAAUGUGGUGGAUGGACAAUUACGUGGCAAGGAUUCAGCGGCAACAAUUAUACAAGAGGAACCACCAUUCUUGAUGCCAUAAAAUCUACGGUGGACAGAAAAACGGAAGUUGUCUUCCAAGAGAAUCCCGAUAACAAGUUUAUGAAGUCAAAUAAAUUUGAUUAUGCAAUUGUUGUGGUUGGUGAGCCUCCUUAUGCUGAGACGGCAGGAGACAGCGUGGAGCUGACGAUGAUUGAUCCAGGUCCUAGCGUCAUCACCAAUGUGUGCGAGGCUGUCAAAUGUGUUGUUAUCAUUAUCUCUGGCAGACCUCUCGUGAUAGAACCUUAUGUUUCAUCAAUCGAUGCCUUAGUGGCAGCAUGGUUACCUGGCUCGGAAGGAGGCCAAGGUGUGACCGAUGUCCUUUUUGGAGACUACGGAUUUACUGGAAAACUCCCAAGAAGCUGGUUUAAAAAUGUAGAUCAGCUGCCAAUGAACGUUGGGGAUUCACAUUAUGAUCCACUCUUCCCCUUUGAUUAUGGAAUUCAGACCAAGUCAGCUCAAGGUGUUGUAGCCAGGUCAAUAUCAGGUGGUGUUGUUCAGAGGUCAUUUAUGUUUUCUAAUAUGUUUUUUGUAUUAUGCACUUUAUAUUUCACAGCUCUUAUUUUAACAUGAAUGAUCUUUAAUUA